AUGUCAUUGCAAAAGGUUAUUGUCGAUGAACCUCGUUCAUUAACACCGGAACCAAACAGUCGAAAUGCUCGUCGAAGUCAUGUAUCAAUAACAUCAAGCAAACGUCCAUCGAUGAAUACAGGUGCAUCACAUUCAAAUAAAGCUACACAAGGCAUGUUUCGUCGAGCUGUUCCACAUAUGCCACGUGCUUUAGCCUGUAUCUGUUUUAUACUCAAUCUUGUAUUGCCUGGAACAGGCACAUUAAUCAGUGCAUUUGCUGUAUUUUGUUGUGGAAAACAUGAUUAUGAAAAAAAUAUUGUAGCAUUUUUUUAUAAUAUCCUUGCGGCUAUAUUACAAAGUGCUACAAUUUUUUUACUUGUUGGUUGGAUUUGGUCAAUACGAUGGGGUAUACUUUUUGUUCAAUUAUCAGGCAAUAAGAACACAGUGGCACAACCGACACCAUUCUAUGUCCGCCGACAAUCGAGUGUUGACACUCAUAUGCAGCCAUUUCUAACUCAAAUGAUUGCACCACGCGUACCACCCGUAUUCGAAGAUAAAAACGAACACGAUGCUGUAUGA